AUGAUUGCAUUACUCAAGAUGAAGCCACUUAUGGCAUAUGUGGUUACAUUUUGUGUGUUGAUAUCUUUGACCACAGCAGCCCCAGCUGAAAAGAACAAGAAGCCUGUUGAUGGUCCAAACAGUCCCGUGUAUCUGAGUAAGCAAAAUUUCACGAGCACUAUUGAGAACGGUACAUGGUGGGUAGACUUCUUUUCCCCAUACUGUCCCCAUUGUAUCGCCCUUGCCCCCGAUUGGACGAAAGCAUGGGAUCUCCUUAAUGAAGAAGAAGAUGUCGAAGAGCUUUAUGACUUUCAUAUGGCAAAAGUGGACUGUGUAGAGCAGGGUGAUUUAUGCAAUGAUCAAGAUAUUGGUGGCUAUCCUAAUCUGAGAUUAUUUCGAAAUGGAAAGAACAUCAAGCAGUAUUUGGAUGGGGACAGAACCCCAGAGGCAUUGGUCAAAUUUGCCCGAGACAACUUCUUGGAUACACCAGAGUCUAGCAGUUUAUCCUACAGCAAGACUACUCAGGCCACGGCUACUGGCGCUGAUGCCAGGAAUGUUAAGGCGACAUCGUCGGUAUCUCGCGCUUUCCCUCAAUAUACGGGGGGUACAGCUGUUGUUAACAGCGUUUUUCCAGGUAGCGUCAAAGAAACAGGAUCUCCCGCUGGACCCACCUUCCCAGAAGGGGCACCAAAUCCCGAAGGAAUAUCUGUUCCGCUUGAUCACACUUCAUUCAUCCGAAAAGUGACUGCCACAACCGAUUCUUGGUUUAUUAAGUUCUAUUCUCCACGAUGCCCUCACUGUAAUGAUAUGAAGCCUGCAUGGAUGGAAAUGGCACACGCCCUUCGCGGCAAAAUUAAUGUAGGUGAGGUUAACUGUGAUACCCAAAGACAACUGUGCAAAGACGUUGGUAUAGAUGCUUUACCAGGACUGUUCCAUUUUUCAGGAACCACUAAGACUCCAUAUAACUCUUUGAGGGGAUUUUCUGAUUUGCUAGAUUUCGCCAAGGGUGCAGCUGAGGCCAAAGAUCUCGCUACGGUGAACACGUUCCAAGAGCUUGGAAGCAUUGUGGACGAAACUAAAGAUAAAGCUACUUUUGUUUACUUCUAUGAUAAAACUACAGUAAGUGAGGACUUUGAAGCAAUGCGCCGUGUAGCCCUCAACACACUCGACUACAGUCGUAUUUAUAAAUCCAACUCCACUGAGCUGGCUACCAAACUUGGUGUCAAGCAUUUUCCCAGUCUAUACGCUGUUUCUGAUACAGAAACGGCUAAAUGGAUUGAGCUUGUAGCCCCGUCUCCCAAGGACAUUCGUGAUCACCAGCAUAUUUCCAACUGGAUCAAGGAGAUUUGGUUAUCUUUUGUACCUCAGUUAACCCCUAUGAAUGCUCAAGACAUUUUCGAUCAUGCUGAAUAUGUUGUUCUAGCUAUGAUCGAUCCUAGGGAUACCAAGGUGAGAGACCGUGCUAUUAACGAACUCAGAGUAUCUGCCCAAAAAUAUCUCGAUGAUGUCAAAAAGGAAACUUUGGAAGAGUUGAUGGAUUUGAGAGCAAAGAAACAGCUCAAGAUAGACGAGGCCGCUGAUAGAGAUGACAAGAAGGCUGAAGAUCAUGCUAAGGGUAUUAAAGUCAAAGUUACUCCUAAACCAGUGGUCGGAUUCGCUUGGAUAGACUCAGUAUUCUGGAACCGAUAUCUCAGGACAAAGUACGGCAUCUCCACAGAUAGAAUUGGCAAACCAACUGUUAUCAUUAAUGAUAAGACAGGCUCUAGAUAUUGGGACACCAACCUUUCGGGUCAACCUAUUGAAGCAUCUCGAUCAAUUAUUAUCGAAACAUUGGAAGCAAUUCUUGAAUCUCCACAGAAGAUUCGCCCCAAGGUCGUUAUCACCGGUGUUAGCAGCUUUAUAUGGUUUGUUCGUCUGAAGAUCUCUCAGCAUUGGUUUGCAUCAAGUGCAUUGGUUGUGGCUCUGUUCAUCUAUGUAGCAAAAAAGAGACAAGGUCAUACGGGUGAAUUAUAUUUACCCCUUCAUCAUAACCGCCACCAACCAACCACUGGAAAGCUAGAUUAA